AUGGCUACUGUGCCCUAUUUUGAUGUAGGAGUUUGGUUUGUUAUUGUGGUGACGUCAACGCUGGCAAAUGGGUAUUUGCUGAGUAAAGAUGCAACCGACAAGAGAGAUGUAGGAGCGCUGAGGCAGGGAACACAAUCCCCGGAGGUCCCGAGUCCAGUCCUCCAGCGAGCCAAGAGGUGCACCUGUUACACCUACAAGGACAAAGAAUGUGUUUACUACUGCCACUUGGACAUCAUCUGGAUUAAUACGCCAGAGCAUACUGUUCCAUACGGCCUGUCCAGCGAUCAGGGCGAUCGGAGGCUGAGGCGCUCUGCGGAGGUUCGAAAGCGCUGUGUCUGUUCACAUUCCUCUGACGUCCACUGCAGCAGCUUCUGCAUGUCCAGACGGAGAGGCCUACAGGAGCAGAGAACGGCUGUUGAUUUGCCAGCAAAGACUCCACACAUUUUGAAGUCUGUACAAAGACACAAAACAAACCGGUCGGGACAGUGGACAAGCAGAGGAGACGCAAAGUGA